UACAUGGUUAUGUCUCAUAGGAGUUGAGUGCACAGUAUAAUUCUCAUGUAAAACUGUACAAGUCGCAGUAAAACGAGUUCGUUAGUUUUGUGUUAUAAUGGGCAAAAGAGUUAAUUGGUAUAAUUUAUUAUGGUAUUUGGUAGGUCUUCUUCUUCUUGGUACUGGAAUUUUUAUUAUUAUCAAGAAACCUCAUACUGACAUAGUAUUGAACUUCGUACACAAAAAGAACAUGCUUGUACCUGGAAAUCGAAUUUACGAUAUUUGGCAGAAUCUUGAAUUCGAUUUUCAAGUAUAUUUAUUUCACGUAACUAAUCCUGCUAAAGUCAUGAAGGGCGAACCACCUCAACUAGUCGAAUACGGACCCUACGUUUACGACGAGCAUCUCUACAAGGAGGUGAUAAAAGUUGACGAAGAACGAGACGAGAUCGAAUAUAUGUUAAAGCGUAAGCUAGUUUUCAAUAAAGAGAAAUCUAAUGGAAAUUCAGACGAGGAACCAAUCACAAUAUUGAAUUCGGGUUAUCUCGGAAUUAUGCUUAUGAUUAACAGCUUACUACCAUCGAUGGUGUCAACAAUGGGUGCCGACGUGCAGAAAUUGUUUCCCAAACUCAGAGAUAUAUUUUCCCGUGGUAAAGUGAAAGAUAUACUUCUAGAUGGUAUACCGUUUGUUUGCGACGUACAGAAAUAUCCAGAAUUAUUAUCCAUUUGCAAUAUCGUCCAAGGAAAACCACCUCCUGCUAUUAAAGCAACAGACACACCAGGACAUUAUCUGUUUAGUUUAUUCGGCAAGAUUAACCAGUUUCCAGUAGGGCCGUUCACGGUUAAUAGAGGUGUAAAAGAUUGGCGACGUCGUGGAAUUUUAACGUCUUUUAAAAACUCCGAAUAUUUGACAUACUGGGCACUUCCAGAUUGCAGUAAAAUUUCUGGCACCGACAGCGUCGUAUCGCCACCAAUGACCACACCUGAACCAGAGAUAAGUUCCUACAUAGUGGAUUUGUGUCGAUCAGUAAAUGUUAAGUAUAAUGGUACUGUAGACAUACUUGGUCUAAAUGGUUAUUCUUACACAAAGGUGAACAGCUCAUGGGAAGGUAAUGAAACAGAUUGUUAUUGUCCAAAAAUUAAACAAGAAACAAAAUGUCCGCUGUACGGUUUAAUGGACGUAACAAAAUGUCAGGAAGCACCAGUAAUCGUAUCCGAACCACACUUUCUGCAUGGCGCACAAGAGCUUUUAUUGUAUGCCAAAGGUUUAAAUCCGGACGAGGAACGUCAUAAAACUUUCGUCAUAAUGGAACCAUUGACCGGUAUCCCUCUAAGGGGCUUUAAAAAGAUGCAGUUGAAUAUGUACUUGCAAAAGUUGCCUGUGAAAUUAUUGUCCAAUGUAAGCGAAGGAUAUUUCCCUUUUGCUUGGGUGGCAGAGGGCAAAAUGGAGCACGCCGAACUUCUGAUCGAUGUGAUCCAACUGCAUCGUCUCUUGAGACUUUUUGAUUUUAUCUGUUGGUUACCCAGCAUGUGUGCAAUCUUUAUUAUCUUCGCCACAUGCUGCUUGCAUAACGUAAGAAAAUCCACGAAAAACGUGGUGCCAGUUCUUCGAUACUCUCUGACAGUUUCGCCAAUUGCGCAUGCGCGGAAUUAAGUACAUCGCAUAGGACGUGUCAGCAAUUGAA